UAUUUUCGAUAACUCCGCACGUGGGUGAAUGACAUUUAUUGCCAUCAGUGAGUGUGGACCAGAAACCACAGCCUCUGAACGUCAUGAAAAGAAAACAUCAAGAUUUAAAACCUAACCCAGGUCACAAGAGCCCUCACCAAAGUGGAUCAUACAUAAGUGAUCCAAAGCUUACCCCAAGAAUAAAACAGUAUAUGAAAGCUAACAGCAACAGAAAACAUCUCAGUAUUUCAUCGAUAUCUGAAGAUUUGCAGCGACAGUAUGGUGAAUACUCCCGAAAGAAAAAGAAUGCUUUUCACAAAAUGGUUGAAAAAGCCUAUUCAGUAGCAUGUCAGCAGCUUGCAGCAGAGGAGGGGGACAGCUUUAAUGUGGCAGAGGAAAAUCAUAUGAAGAAAAUUAAAAAGAAGAAAACUGAUUCAGAAAGUUCAGAUGAUUCAGAUUCGGACAGCAACAGUUUCUCGUCAGAUAAUCCAGACUAUACAAAAUUUGAGGACUCCAAUGCAAUGAAUUCACUGAUGUCUGACUUCUACAAGAGUUCACCAUUGCACUCAAAACCUGGAGAAAAGUCGCGGGAAAACAAGGAAAGCAGCCCUCUGCCUGUUGAUAUGAAGAGUGGGAAAAAAACACCUGUAGCAUCUCCCAAGGUUGGAGGCUGGUAUAUCGACAGAGGGAUGCCCAAAACUACAAAGGAUGAUGUUGAUGAUGCUGGUGAUGUCAAUGAUGACGUCAGUGUGUGUAAUGAAGUCCAAGAUGUCAGCUUCACUGACACAAGCAAGUCAAUGUUGCAGACACCAACCUCUCAGAAGCUCCAGAAAGAGGAGGUGACAAAGAGUGGGAAGAAGAAGGUCAGAAAGGUGGGAGAUAAACGGGAGGAAAAGAAAAAAGGGCCUGCGGUGCAGACAUCGAGUGUUACAUUUAGCGAUGUAGGAGGGAAUGAUGCUACACUGCAGGACAUAUGCAAGUUGCUGGUGCACAUGAAGCACCCCGAGGUGUACCAACAGCUGGGGGUCACCCCACCCCGAGGAUUCCUGCUGCACGGGCCCCCAGGGUGUGGGAAAACACUCCUCGCUCAUGCUAUUGCUGGGGAGCUGGAGAUGCCCUUCAUCAAGAUUGCUGCAACGGAGAUUGUGUCAGGAGUAUCUGGAGAGUCUGAGGAGCAGAUCCGUGACUUGUUUGAUAAGGCUGUUGGUUGUGCCCCCUGUGUAGUGUUCAUAGAUGAAAUUGAUGCCAUCACCCCAAAGAGAGAGACAGCUUCAAAGGACAUGGAGAGGAGGAUCGUAGCUCAGCUGCUGGCUUGUAUGGAUGAUCUGAACACAAAGACUGCCCCUGUGUUAGUGAUAGGAGCAACCAACAGACCUGACUCUCUCGACCCUGCUCUUAGACGAGCCGGCAGGUUUGAUAGAGAAAUCUCACUUGGGAUCCCUGAUGAAAAGGCAAGAAUAAGGAUCCUGCAGGUGCUGUGUCGGGGCCUUCGUCUGUCAGCAGAUUUUGACUUCCAGCAUCUGGCUCACAACAGCCCAGGUUUUGUUGGAGCAGAUCUAAUGGCCUUGGCCAGGGAGGCGGCCAUGAUUGCUGUCAACAAGGUGUUUCAGGAACUGCAGAGGGAGAAAGUUACGUCUGCCUCAACAUCCUGCCAACCAGACAUCGUAGACAGUGUAGAAGACUGCCCUGACAACAGGAGACACAUAUCUCCAGAACUCGCAUCAGUGUUGUCAUGGUUACUGGAUCACCCUCCAUUGUCGGAACAGCAGUUACAAGAUCUUUUCAUUAAGAUGGAGGACUUUGAGGAGGCGUUAAAACAUGUGCAGCCAUCAGCCAAGCGUGAAGGCUUCGCCACCAUUCCUGACGUGACGUGGUCCGACAUUGGAGCUCUUCACUCAGUGAGGGAAGAACUGCAACUCGCUAUACUUGCGCCAGUGCAACACCAGGUAGAGUUCCAGUCACUAGGGUUGACCAAUCCCCCAGGGAUACUGCUGGCAGGACCCCCAGGCUGUGGCAAGACACUUCUGGCCAAGGCAAUAGCGAACGAAUCUGGAAUCAACUUUAUUUCAGUCAAGGGACCCGAGUUGCUUAACAUGUAUGUCGGUGAGAGUGAGAGAGCCGUGAGGCAGGUCUUCCAAAGGGCACGUAACUCCUCCCCAUGUGUCAUCUUCUUUGAUGAGCUGGAUGCUCUCUGUCCCAAGCGGUCAGGCUCAGGAGAGGGAGGUUCCAGUGUGCGGGUUGUCAAUCAGAUGUUGACGGAGAUGGACGGGCUGGAAUCUCGUAAACAAGUCUUCAUCAUGGCUGCCACAAACAGACCAGACAUAAUCGACCCUGCCAUCCUGCGCCCCGGUAGACUGGAUAAGCUGUUGUAUGUGGGUCUUCCAUCACAGGAAGACAGGCUGGAUAUCCUCAAUACCAUCACCAAGAAUGGGACCAAGCCACAACUGGCACCAGAUGUCAGUCUUGCCACAGUGUCCAUUGAUCCUAGAUCUGAGGGAUUCACAGGAGCUGAUCUGGCCGCACUGGUUAGGGAGGCAUCAGUGACGGCACUCAAAGACAUCAUCAAACUGCCAGCCUCUGACCGCCCUGCUACAGUCAGUGUCACAGCCCAACAUUUCGAGUCAGCAUUCAACAAUGUCAAAUCAUCGGUCUCCAAAAAGGAUCAAGAAAAAUACUUAAGAGUGAAGGAUUCCUUAAGAUCUUGAGAAUUGUGCAAUCUGUACAUACUUUUUGUAAAUAAAAAUGUAAUGUCAUAUACAGCA